CUGGUCGUGAUGACAAAAUGGAAAGAUUGACGUUUAAUUUGAAUAUUAACGAAUUUUUUCUAAUAGUACUAUAUUAAUAAAAAUUCGCAUUUAUUGAACUUGAAUAAUUUUCAGGCUACAAAAUUUUAUAAAAUGGAUACAAAGGAAAAAUUGAUCCAAACUUUUGAAAAACUUGACUUUUCAUCUAAAUUCCCAAGUUCUUUUCAUGUAAAUCCAUCAACGAAUUUCAUUUGGCAACAGAUGAUACUUAAUCUUAAACCUAAGAAAGAAGUAGAAGUAUUUAGGAAGAAUAUUAUAAUCAAUAGAAUGGAAAAUAAACUGAAAAGGAAUUCAGUGCAAACUCCAGUCCCAGAAAUCGAAACUUAUGAAAAAUUGAAAAUUAUCAAUGGUAAUAUAGCAAAAAUAAAAGCUCGAAUACAGGAGAAACAGAACAAGCACAAUUUUCUACAUAAUAAUAACAAAGCUGAUUAUCUGAUAAUCGAUAGCAUGAAACAAAAAAAUGAAGAGAAAAAAAUAAAACUUCAUGCUGUUAAACUUAAAUCUGAACAGAAUGAAAAUGAAAUAAAACACAUUCAAGAAAUUUUAAAUAAAAAAGAAAUUUCAGGGAAAUUCGACAUUCCAAUUGAAGUAAUUUCUGAAAAUCUAAAAUACUUAGUUGAAGAGACUGAAAAAUGUAUUGGAAGUAACAGAUAUUCAUCAACCAAUAACCUUAGCUACAGGCAAUCAUCGAAAAUAAAUUUAUCUUGUAUCAAGAAUCGGACUUGUUUCAGUAGUAUGAAAAAAAGUCAAAAUAAGAAUGAAUUACAACGAUUUGUGAGCUGCAGUGACCUUCCUGUAGUUAAAGCGCUAUUUACAGAAAAUUUCAAAGAAAAUAAUAGGACUGCAAAAACCUCUGAUGAUUUAUCUCAUCUGGAUACAUCUGGUGAUCUGCUACCUGAGUCAUGCUUUGAUUUUAAGGCAGAUGAUGAAUUCCUUACCUCCUCUCAACCAACUUACUGUCAGAAAUACAUAAAAUCCAAUACAAAUCUUACUUCUAAAAGAGAAAACACACUUCGAAGUAUUUCAAACAUAUUUGAGCAAUCAAGUUUAUUUCCUGAGGAAAAAAUGGAGCAGAAACAUGAUUAUUUCUCUAAAGCUUUGGAAAACAAGAAUAUAAUUGGGAAUAUUGAAGAAUUAUUCUAUAGGGGAAACAUAGACAUUAUUUGGAAUUCCAUCUGUUCCAUUCUGAAGGAUAUCAAGAUGGAAUUAGAAAUGAACAUGAAGACAAUGAAUUUCAAAAGCGAAGAUAUAUGUGAUGAUGAUUUAUUACCAUUGAGCUUCAUCUAUAUAAAAAAUAAUUUGUUAUGCUUGAAGUACAGAAAACAAAUAAAAAUAUUGAAAAACUGUAUAAGGGAGAAAAAAUACGAAAUUGAGAAGAAAUUGAACAACCUGGAUAAAGAGCGUCUUGAGGCAUUACAGUUACAAUUGGAUAAGAUAAAAUUAGGAGCGGAAAUAAAUUUUCUCUAUAAAGAAGUAUAUAAUGAUAAUAACAUUGAUAAUGGAACAACUCUCAAAACAAUCAGAACUAAAAUAAAUAAUUCCAGAAAUGAUUUGUUCAAGAAUGUUGAAGCAAUUAGAAAGUAUAUUGAAAUCAAGGCAGAUCUGAUGCAACUAAUGAAGAAAUGCCAGGAGGAUACAAGUAUUUGUAUAAAAAAAUUGAACAAAUUCUUAAUGAAUCCAUCCUGGGCAGAUGCCCUGAAGGAAGACAUUGAUUCAAAGGAAAUAGAUGUUUUUCAAAAAUAUCCAAUGGAUUAUAUCAAACGCUUCUGUUUUGUUGAUAAGAACACCUUCUACAGAGAUUCGAUGAACAAUUUUUAUCUGGACCAAUUUGUCUCCAAGGAUAUUCUUUAUGAAGUAACAGCAGUAUUGGAACAUCCACAAAUUCCUCCUGAAAAACUAUUUGACAAAAUAGCUCAAAGAAGAGAUACAUUGCAAAUUUUAUCAUCUCUCGAAUAUCCAGAGGUGUCAAUUGAAAAUAACCAAGAUUCUCUCCAACUAUUUCAAGAAAAAGAAAAUUACAUUCAUUCAUUUCAAGAAAAUGUCAAUGCUCUUAUACAUUCAAACAAGGUGCAUCAAAUACUCAAAAUGUCGUCAUACGCAACAUUGAAUAUGGAUUUGUGGUUGGAUAUGCCUUUUAGACGUUUCGUUUCGAAGGAGAGAGAAGUAGAUGGUAAAAAAUAUUGUGAAUAUGAAGAAUCUUUCAAUUAUUUCAAAAAUAAUGAGUAAAAAUUUGAUCUAUGUUAAUAUCAUGUUAUUAUGUUACUGAUAAGUAUUAAUAUAAAUGUUAUUGUUUUGAA